ACCACUGUUCUAGAGUGUUGUCUGACUUACAUCCCCAGUCAUGUCCUAAGGCUUUUUAGACUGACACACUGAAGGAAAGCUAACUCCAAAAAUAGCAUUAGAGAGCUGCUUUACAUAACCUUCUUCCUAAAAAUGGAGAUUCUAGAUUUAGGGACACAGCAGCAGCGACAAACUCCAGUCAAACCUAUGACAUUACGAUCCCUUGGGCUGACUGUAAACAGGAGAGGACAGCUGAUCCCGCUGAUUUUGGCAGGCCCAGCUGACCAUCUCAAGUAGACGGGAGCCUCCCCAAUCUCCACGAUAUCAGAGGUCAGAAAAUAGAAGGAUUGGGCAUGUUGGAUUUAAACAUAAUGGAUAGUUCUGUUUUCAGUAGCGAUAUCUGCCAUAAGUCUUGCUACGUCUUACCCUUCCGUUGCCCAUACAGAACACAAGCCUGCAUGUUUACUGGGGGGGGGGGGGGGCUGUCAGCCAACCAGCUCUCUCAUAUGUACAGCCUGCUUCAAGCUUUACUUUGCAUCAUGAAGCAGAUUUUUUUUUUUUUUUUGCCUUAUUAUUUAAAUAUUAUCAGAAUCAGUCUCUUGAAUAAAAUGGCUCCAAUUAAAAGUUUUAGUCUAAAUAACUGGAAAGACUGUAAGCAGGAAGUGUCCCAACCCCUACAUGAGGUCUCUGACACGGACUGUUAUCAAGGGUAAGUUCCCCUUUCAAAAGUAAAUCAGACAAGAAAUGGAGACAAGCGGCUUAGGAGGAUGCGUUUUUCUUCAGUUCAUCCUUCUAUAUUAUCACUGUGGAGUCAGGAGCUGUACGGUGUCAGUGGACCAGGCUGAGUUUUUGGAAGUGUUACUGGACCAGGUUACUGCCAACAUAUCAUGCCAAUAUACGCACAGUGUGUGUGCCGGUGAGAAAAAGAUCUACUGGUUCCAAUAUCUAGCUUCUAAACAUGGAGAAAUAAAACAAUCUGAUCGGGUUACUGUGAAGAGCGAGGAUGGCAACACCAUCCUGAAGAUCAACAACACAAGAGUUCAGGACAGUGGGAUAUAUAUUUGUGGUAUUGCAUUUUUAGGAUCUUCAGGUCCUACUUUAGUGUUCACAGGACGAGGGACGACGCUAACAAUACGAGAAAAACCUGAUGUGAUGGUUACACCAACCAAUACGGUUUUAAUAGUUCUGUGCACGCUGCUUAUUCUAUACUGUAUAGCGGUCUUUUCUUAUUACUUCAUUAAGACAAAAUGCAGAAUCUGGAAAGCCAUACGAAAUAAGCCCGGUUUCACAAUGGGAGCUGCUAAAACGUUUGGGACAAGAAGUGUCUUUCAGGCAAUUGCAGCUGAGUAUCACAAGAAAUAUGAUCGGAAAACCCCAAAAAAAAACCCGGUUGUAGAGGAUGAGACAAUCUACCAGAACACACAGGAUCUACAUUGAACUGUCUUCAAUGUAUUGACCAAACAGCGACAGAAGAAAAACAUUUUUGUAAAAA